CUCUCUCUCUCUCUCUCUCCCUUACACAAAUCAUCUGUUUCUCUCUUUUCUCUGCUCUUCGCUGGCCUCCGCACACACACCUCGCUCUCGCUCUCGCUCCCAAUCGUAACUUUUCAAGUGCCAUACCCUUCUUCUUUGACCUUAACCGGCACUUCGCUACCGCCGCUAUAACCCAACUUCGCUCGCGGGACUUUACUGCGGCGUUCUGACGUGAAGAGUCUCAUCGCGGAUGCGAAGGAUUCGUUGAUUCUAUCGGGGUUUAUUAGGGUUUUCAUUUUUCUCAGAUCAGAGCCUCCUCCAAGACGACGACGUUGGAUUUAGGUUUUCCUCUGCCGCCAUGGCUCCCGGGCGUAAACGUGGAGCGAGCAAAGCCAAGGCUAAGAGUCAGUUAAGCUUAGGUGAUCUCGUUCUUGCCAAGGUUAAAGGCUUCCCUGCCUGGCCUGCCAAGAUUAGCCGCCCUGAGGAUUGGGAACGGACGCCUGAUCCUAGGAAAUACUUUGUCCAAUUUUUUGGAACCGAAGAAAUUGCUUUUGUUGCCCCUGCUGAUAUUCAGGUAUUUACAAGUGAGGCAAGGAAUAAGUUGUCUGCUAGGUGUCAAGGUAAGACUGUCAGAGAUUUUGCUCGUGCAGUGAAGGAGAUCUGUGAGGCUUUUGAAGAAUUACAGCAGAAGAACUUGGGCCCUUGUAAAGAUGAUACUGAUAAGACAGCCCUUGGCUCCUCACUUCCAAUGGAUGGUGUAGAUGCUGAAGUGAAUGGUCAGAGUCAGACUGAGACAAUUGAACGGAAGGAAAGCACAAGUAAUGAGGCCUCGGGUGAUGCAGGUUAUGGUCUGGAACGCUGUUCAAGUAGACGGUCUGAGACUGAUGAUAUGGAUAUUAAGCCUUGUGUCUCAUCUAAUACAGAGCAAAGAUCAUCUCAAAUGUUAUCUGUCAAGAAGAGGAGUGAAUUAUCCAAUAAUGGCACAGAUUUUCCUAAGAAAGAGGUACCAUCUGUAUCCAGGCAGAAUGGUCCUUCUCCACUUAAAGAAAUCUCUGGUGAUAAGGAUAGAGAUGGGGAGAAUAUUCACCCUGAUGCUGAAGAAAGUUCUCCUUCUGGCCCUGUUGAUGGAGAAAGUGAUGGUUCCCCGCCUUUAGCUUUGUCUGUUUCCCGGAAGCACACUGGUGGAGGACGGAAGGCAAAGAAUAUGGUUAUAGAAUCAAAGAGGAAGCAGAAGGCUGCAGUAGAAGUAGGAAAAAAGACUACUUCAAGGCUACCUAAGCAUAAUGACUCUGAUUCAGAAGGCAAUAUUGGUCUUCAUGACUCUGGAGUACAUUUACAAGGUGGAGGACAAAACAAAAUUUCUCCAUGUGAUAACAUUAAGGAUUUGCAUGAUGAUGAGUUGAGAUCAGAUUUAGAUCUCAACAAUGAAAAGAAGGACAAAAGCAUGGUAAAAGCUAAAAAACAGAUGAGAGCAGACAUACUUGAACCAUGUGAUGUUGGCAAUGUUGCUAUAGACAAUACUAAGGAGCGGGGCAAGGAUGAGCAAUUAUUUUCUGGAGAUCAUAGGAAGAAGAGAACCCAGCUUGGACAUAAAAUGCAUAAGUUGGCUACAAAUGAGGAUCCACAUCCAGCCAAAAGACCAAAGCGGGUGGUUGUUGGUGAGGAUACCACCAAGAAAUCUGUUACUAAAAGCAUAAGGAAUGAUUCUCUGAGUCCGGGUGUUGUUGACAAAAGCAAUAAACCUAUAGAGAGUAAAAAGUCAUCUUCACGUGUUAAGGCUGAAAGCUGUGCGGCUUCUAAAACUGAAACAUUUAGUGUUGGAAACAACUUACCAAGUGAUGAAGCUGUUCUGCCCUUGACAAAGCGCCGUCGUCGGGCAUUGGAGGCAAUGACUGAUUGUGCCACAGACGCUGCUGGGGGUAAAGCACAAAAGAGUUAUGACAUCCAUAAGAAUAAUGUUUCAAACUCGGAUUGUGACAGGUCUCCUUCUAUCCAAUUCCACUCAAAACGAAGAGCUGUCUGUCAGUUUGAUGAUCAUAAUGACCAAGAAAAGCUCAAAACUCCUGUUCACGGAGAACUGAUCAACUUGUCGAAGGAUGUGCCUUCACAAAUCUCUGGUUCUUCUCAGAACACACAUCAUGAAAAUCUCAAUCAUGCUCAGCCGAAUGUUAGAGAUGGCAUGGAUAAAGAACAUUUGGACUGUGCUGGACCAGGUGAGAGCCCUUCAAAGGAUGGAAAAUCCUCUGUCAGACUUCUUCAUGAUCCUCUAUCACCCAAAUUGAAGCAAAAUGAAGAGAAAAGGCUGAGAAAGCCAAUGGCAGCACAGGUUUCUCAUAGUCCUGAUAAAUUGGAAUCACAGAAAUCUUCUGCCAAGGAGGGUAAGCCAACAUUGGUCUCUCCUAAGGAUGGGUUGGCUACUUCUAUGAAGCAAGUGGAGCACAAAACCAUCAAGCUCCAAACUAAAGCAUCCAGCACCACUUCUAGAAAGCCUCAGGUUGGGUCUGCCAAAGGUUCAGGCCUGGGUUCUGAUUGUUUAAACCAUUCUUCUAAUCAAGGAACAAUCCAGAGAAGCAGGCCAGCCUUAUCUGCAGAAAAGGCUAAGAUAAAUUUAAAGACUAAUCCACUGAUGAAUGAUACUGCUAUUCUGGAGUACUCUACCCUGAAUGAUUCUCAGCUUGGGGAACGAUCGAAUGUCAUUGGUGAUGAUAUAGCUGCUAGUUCGUUGACUGAUACCAAGUUUGCAGAUUCUGCCACGUCUUUGAAACAUCUUAUUGCUGCUGCGCAAGCGAAAAGAAAACUUGCAUAUUCACAAUCUCUUUCUCAUGAUAAUCCUAUUCCAACAUUUAUUUCCACCGCUACAGUGGUUCAGGAAAGAAGCCCCAGUCCUGCUUCUGCAGUUCAGACCUUCCUGUCUGGCACCACCCAUGCUAUGCAGCAGGAUGCAAAGGGAUUUUAUGCUCGCUUAUCCCUUGCUUCUCCAUCUCCUCAUGCUCAUCAAGUUGCAUCACAAAAUCAACUGGAACAUGAAGAUCCUGAAGAGGGAAGGGUUAGUUCAGGACAGAGGGCGCCUAAUGGGUCACUAAGUGGUGGUACAGAGGCAGUUGUUGCACGAGAUGCUUUUGAAGGAAUGAUAGAAACAUUGUCAAGGACAAAGGAAAGUAUUGGACGUGCAACCCGUCUAGCAAUUGAUUGUGCAAAGUAUGGAAUCGCCAAUGAGGUUGGUGGUACUGAGGAGUAUAUUUUUCAUAUAAUUUUUUGCCUUUUCCGGUGCUUAUUUCUCCAUUUUAUGUAGACUACCUUUGUAUGU